AUGUCAACCGACCAAGUGAUCGAAAUCGUCAUGGAUGAUAAAACGUACGAGGUGAACAAGAAGAAGCUGAUCGAAAAGAGCGACUACUUCCGGGCGCUUUACAACUCGGGGAUGCGGGAGUCCACGGAGGACUCGGUGCAGCUGCAGGGGCUCAGCGUCCCCGGCCUGGAGCUGGUACUCGAGUUCAUCAACACGUCCAAAGUGCAGGUCGUCAACGAGACACUCGAGGACCUGAUCCAGACGGCAUCUUUUUUGCAGGUCACCUCCAUGCUGAAGCUCCUGUCCUCGGAGAUCAGGCAGGAGAACUGCGUGGAGCUGUACAGCCUCUCGGAAAUCUACGGGACUCACGACCUGCGGAAGUCUUGCCUGUCGUACAUGAGCUGCUAUUACCACCCCAUGUUACGGCGGCCCGAGUUCCACAGUUUGCCCUCCAACGUGCGAGAACAGGUCAAAGACAUGCGCAUGAAAGGCACGGCGACUCUGGUGGCGAUCGGAGACUUCACCUGUCUGUCCCUGGAUGUGCCUGACCAGGACGAGCCCUGGUCCAUGCUGAGAUACGGGGAGGUGGAGCAGAGGUGGAAGCCGCUGGCAAACAACUUGCCACAGGAUAUGAUCAACGUCAGGGGAUAUGGUUCGGCUGUCCUGGACAACUACCUGUUCAUCGUCGGUGGCUACAGGAUGACCAGCCAGGAGAUCUCCGCGGCACACUGCUACAAUCCCUGCAGGAACGAAUGGAACCAGGUGGCUCCUCUGAACCAAAAGCGAUCCAACUUCAAACUGCUGGCAGUGCAAGGGAAGCUGUAUGCGGUGGGAGGCCAGUGUCUCGGGACAGUUGAGUGUUAUAGCCCAGAGCACGACUGGUGGACCUGCGUGUCAUCUAUGCCAGACCCACUGGCCGAGUUCUCUGCCUGCGAGUGCCAAGGCAUGAUCUACGUCAUGGGUGGAUACACCGCAAGAGACCGAAACACAAAUGUCCUUUGCUACUGCCCCACUUCUGACACAUGGACGGUGUACCGCUCCUGCUCAGCGCACGUCCGGAAGCAGCAGAUGCUCUCAGUGGAAGACACCAUCUACUUGGUGGGGGGAUACACCCACGAGCUGGAGCCGAGCCGGCGGCGGUCGGGCCAGACGGAGGACAUGCUGACGGUACAGUCCUACAACGUCUCCACGGGCGAGUGGCUCCAGCUAAAGGAGAACACGUCCAAGUCGGGCCUGAACCUGACCUGCACGCUGCACAAUGACGGCAUCUACAUCAUGAGCCGCGACGUCAGCCUGCCCACCAGUCUAGAGCACAGGGUCUUCCUCAAGUACAACAUCUUCACCGAUGCCUGGGAGGCCUUCAGACGCUUCCCGGCUCUGGGUCAGAACAUGCUGCUGUGCUCCCUUUACCUUCCCAACGUAUUCUGA